AUGGCAAAUGCUCAAAAGCAAAAUAAUUUGGCAAUGAUUCAAGCUGAGUUAAACGAAGCUUUGGAACGUUAUGAGAAGGAAAAACGAUUUUUUCGAGAACUGCUUAAAGUGAAACUCUUCCACGAUAAAGACGCUCUUCGUUUUCUUAUUGAAAGCACGAGGAAGGAGUUGAGAGAAAAAGAAUUGAAUGAAGAACGUCAAAAACAGUCCGAACUUGAACAGCAGAAUCAUGGUAGGAAUCACCGAAGAAAAUAAUUCACAAUUAAAACGAACAACCGAUUCCCAAUGCUUCUAGAUUUGCAAUAACUGCGCAAUUCGAGUUACUUUUCGGUUGCUAUGCAACUAACCCAUCAACUGCGUACUGAUGCCCGCGUGCUAAUUUGUUGUAUCUCAUAGUGCACAUGACACGAAAAACCUCGCAUCUUGUAGUAGGUAUGUCAACAAACCGUCAACAAAAUUGUGUUCGCACUGCUUGUCUCAAGUUGUCAACACGUUUGGAACAAGCUGUUAACAACUUGUAACAACCUUGUUGUAUUAUCAGACAUUUUGCAAGGUUGUUCCAAUACAGUCAUGAUAUAACAACAUUGUCACAAACUUAAUUGUUUCGUCUUGUGAUGUCGUCAACUUUGUAACAUUCUUGUUUUAUCAUGACUGUAUCAAACUUGUUAGAACAACCUUGAACAACCACGAGUGACACUUGACACUUAUACUUUUAAGUGUUUGUGGAGUAUUAAUGUUAUAUAUUUGUUUAGUCAUUGCUUCAUAAUAAGUUAACAGGUAAGAUUUGAAUUGGCCGACAGUAACGCUUGCUUCUGGAAUUUGUGGUGGUAGGGAGUUAUAUAUUCUGGGAGCUCUAUUAUAAAAACUGUUCUGAAAAGUAAAGUUAACUCUGGAAAUUUUUAAUGAUACACUGUUAGUUGUAGCGCGCCUGGUGAUACGAUCGUUUGAUACUAUACUAAUCUGAGAGUCAUUCAAUUUAAUAUUGCCUUAAAGAGAAACACCAAGUCCAGGUACUCGUGCCAGUAAGACAGAGGAAGUAAGCCUGUUUUCAAUAGUCUGUCCUGGUAACUGGUUUCGGAUCUAAAUGGCAGCGAUAGGAUGAAUCUCGUUGCACGUCUUUGAAUCUUCUCGACUUCGAGGAUUAAAGACAGUGGGGACCAGACUUGGGAGCUGUACGCAAAACGACUUUGUACUAACGUUUUAUAAAGUGCGGUACGUGUACGAGGAUCAUGCAUCUUAAUGGAGGACCUUUUUACGAACCCAAGUAUUCUGUUUGCUUUCGCACAUACAGCAGAGACUUGUUGGUUCCAUUUGAGAUCUGCAGUGAUGAGAACGCCAAAAUCUUUUUGAACAAGCCUUUUACAGAUGACCGUUGA